UGAUCAUGAGCCGAAGACGUUGAAAGAUGGUGUGAUUAUCUACGAGAGAGACGAAGAGGAACUGUCCUCACGAGGCUUUUGUUUGGAUAAAAAACAAGUGGUCAGCAAAAUAAAGAAUAUGAUGGCGUUUUUGCACUUGUAAAUAGUUAAUCGCGUGUGUAGCCUACAGACGUGAACUUGGUUCUUGCAUGCAGGUGUCUUCAGGUGAGCACACCUGUCCAGAGUGUGCUCAGGCCAUGGAAUUGAACUGUACUUGAGUACGGUUGGCGUGCACACUAGCCAAACGAUGUAGACUUUCGGGGCGUAGAGGUGUCAAACGGACUUGGGCACGGUACAGAUGGCCUAGUGUGAGUACGCCCUUAGCCCAACGAUGGCCAACAGGAAGAAUAAUGGGCCUCAGUAUAUUUUUCUUCCCAAUGGCUGUUGCCACCGUUAUCACUGAUCCCCCCCCCCACAGUAUAAUAACAGCAUAUAUUGGCAUAUUACCAUAAUGGGAGUAGCAUAAUAAUGGAAACUGAUGACGAAUUAAGUAAAUUAAUUUAGUUAAUUUGCAUUUUUCCUUUUUAUCAGUCCUAUAUUGCUUCAGACCUAUAAAUGACACAAACUGACUCAAACAUGAGUCUGCCGACUCAGUCGGGAAGAGGGUUGGGAGAAUUUAUCAGGGCUGAGGGACAGCUCUGAUUGUCGUGUGGUCUGUGAGUGAGUGGACACGCACACUCACAUACACUCUACUAUAAUCUGGCGCGGGGAGGGAUUUAGGAGGUAUAUCGGUGAUUACAGUUGAAACAGCCAAUGGGAAGAAACAACCGGCCCAUUCCAAUGAAUGACUCGGAUAUCUGGAUUUAAAUGUUUAUAUUCAAACAUACCACAGCCCACUCACCCUUUUUGCAAUCCUUCUUUAAUCACAUGAUGGACAGACCGUGCUGACUGCUGGCCAUCCCAUGAUGGCCAGCAGUCAGUUCGAUUGCAUUCCGUCUUGAUUGGUAAGGCCUUGGAAUAUCCUGAGACUUCAGUUAAAACUUGUAUUGCUUGAAUUAUCUGAUCCAUAUAUUCACCACUUGGAUAUUAGAAAUGUAUAUUGAUUUAAACCAAUUUUGAAUAUCUGCAACUUAUAAAUAUAUUAAAAGGUGCCAUUGGAAAAUAUAUAUUUUAAUUCAUGUUUUGACACGGUAGGCCUACAACUUCAAAUGCCAUAUUUUAAUUUCAGAGGUAAAUUCAAUAACCAAUAAAUCCUGAUCAACCUGGUUCAUUUAAAAGGUAUAAUAUUUAAAUUUCAAGGGGUUAACAUUCUCAUAUACAGAGUUCAUUAGCUUUUAAAAUUAAAAAAAAUUAGAGCAAUAAUUUGCUUCUAUACCAAAGCUGAUUGGUACGACGAGACGAUUUCGCCUGUAUUCAGCCCAUCUGUGCGGGGAAUGAAACACUGGCCCUUUCAGACAGAACUAGCCCUUUAAGACAGAACGGACCCCUGCAUUGACCGUCGUAGGGAAUCACUCACUGGUUUACAUUUGGGAUAUUUAGCAGACGCUUUUAUCCAAUGCGACUCACAAUAAGUACAUUUGUCAUAAGAAGUGAAACAAUAUCGCUGUCGCCUGUCGGUACAGUAAAGAUGUUCUCCGUCCCCUUAUUUGUGUUGCUCAAGUAGUGUUGCCAGAUUGAGCCUGAUUUUCCGAUCAAUCUGGCAACACUGGCUGAAGCGCGCUGCAGCCAGUGUUGCCAUAUUGGGACCGAUUUCUCGCCCAAUCUGGCAACAUUGUGCUAAAGUCUAUUCCUGUGCAUUGCAGAGCGGCUUUACCGUUAACUGGUCUGGAGUAAGAUGAUCAGGGCCGAGAAGAUACCGCAGCAUCCUCCUUUGUUUUCAGUUCCAGGGUACCAAGGUUGUUUGGCCAACUGAGGGGAUGGCGGUGACCUAACAUUCAUCGCUCUGACCACGCUUCUCAUCUUCUUUCAUGUUUCCCCCACUUGCAUGUAAUUAUUUAAGCUAUCGCUUUCCGGCUUUCUCAAGUUUUUACUACUCAUGCAUGCCCCCUCUUUCUGUUGUUCUUGGGGAGAGUAAAUUCAUAAAAGCUGUGGAUUUUUGGCAAGCGUUUUUGGUGUCAGAGUUGAGGUUUAUUACCCAGACACAGCCAACCUGAGGCCAGUAGUAGAGCCAGCGAUAGGGACCACCCCCGGGGAUCGCCGCCAUGCAGAGCCCAGCAGGGGUCUGUUACCUUUAGGCCCCCCUCCAUCUCUCGCCAUCUCUCCCCUUCACUGUUCUCCCCCACAACACCCCGCCCACCUUGUGUCUUGAUGUUGGGCGGGUCCCCUGGUACCCUCACCCUCUGUUGGCCCCCCCGCACCUGCUGCCACUACGGCCACCUCCCGCAGCCACGUUGUCGCCAUGCAGACGGAGGCGCUGGCUCCAGCCCUGGCAGAUAGCAAGGCCCCCGGGCCGCCCGCGCCCUUCAGCUCCGCGGUGCCCCUCCGGAUCCUCAACAAAGGCCCUGACUACUUCCGGAGACAGGUCGAGCCGAACCCAAAGCGCCUGAGUGCAGUGGAGAGACUGGAAGCUGACAAGGCUAAGUAUGUGAAGAGUCAUGAAGUCAUCAAUGCCAAGCAGGAGCCAAUCAAACCGCCCAUUCUGGCCAAGCCCCUCAUUUGCCCCGCACAGCUUGGCAAAAGAGGCUCUGUGGGAGGAGUUGGGAAUGGAGGCGGGAUGACAUUCAAAGCCUCUAAUAACAACGCCAAGGCGGACUCCUGUGCCACUUCUAGCGGGGAAAUCUGCAAGCGGGAGAACCUGAACCUGGAGAUGCUGAAGAACCUCCUGAACUCCUCCUCCUCCCCGGGGGCCGGAUCUGAGGGUCCAGGGGGAGGGGCCAAAAGUGCUGUGAUGCUGAGGUCAUCAGGAGGAGGGGCCAGGAGCUAUAAUCCAUCCAGGAUGCCAUUGACAUACCGGUCCACCAUGACCCUCAAUGAGCAUCCACUGGAAACAGUGCCCAGCCCCAGCACCUCUCACUCCCUCCGCUCCUUCUCCCACUCCCUUAAAGUCCCUCCAGGCCAUAGCAGUGGGCGUCGCAGCCCUCAGCAGGGAGGGAACCUCAACCUCAGCAGACAGGUUCUGGACGAGAGAGGCAUAGGAGGAGGACGGCACUCCGAGCGCUCCCACUCUCCGCUGCCUCCCCUGCUGACCUCCCACUCGUCCUCAGACCUCCUGCGGCUGUGCAACGGCAAGCCGCUCCGCACCGCCCGCUCCGGCAGCUCCUCCGCACCUCCCCUUCCCCCCAAGCCCCACCCCGCCUCGUUGCCGCCUCCUGCGUUGUCUCUUUCUCUGCCCUCCUACCGGCAGAGCCAGUCCCCCGCCCCCUGUGACGCGGCGACACCCCCUCUGUCCCUGACUUGCGAGCGAGGCGACCCCUCCAACGCGUCCAGCGACCCAAACCUGGAGCUGGGCUGCUCAGUGGCCCGCCGCCCGACGCUGCACCGCUCCAAGUCGGACCUGUCGGACCGCUACGCCCGGGCCGGCGCCGACGUGGAGCGCUUCUUCAACUACUGCGGGCUGGACCCCGAGGAGCUGGAGGCCGGCGGGCCGGAGAGCUUCACCAGGGCCAACUCCGACAUCGUCAGCCUCAACUUCCGCUCGGCCUCCAUGAUCUCGUCGGACUGCGAGCGGCGGUCAUCCCACGAGGGGCUGUCGGACGCAGAGGAGGGCGAGGCGGAGGAGGAGGAGGCGGGGGAGCGAGUGCCUUACGGGAUCUCGGCUGUGGAGCGCAACGCCAGGGUCAUCAAGUGGCUUUACAGCAUCAAACAGGCACGAGAGACGCAGAAGGUCUCUCAUGUCUGAGAAGGGGAACACGAAGCAGACUGUUUUCUUUGUGUCUGAAGAACAAGUCAUGGGAGGAGAGUCAGAGACCUGGGAGUGGCCGCCAGUUGAAUUGAGGCUAAUGGCAACAUUGAGAAAUGUGCAUCAAAGCAGUUGGUCCAUGUUCUUUGUGUGGAUGUGAAUAAAAGCAUCUGUGCAGACAGUACAUGUACAGACAGACAGCAUAUAUAGAGCUUGACAGACCACAGUACUACCAAACCAUGAAAUAAAAGGGGAAGCAUGAGAAGUAGAUAUAAACUAGCAGAAUGACAGCUUGGUUACAUACACAGAUCCACUAAAGAACGCACUCAUUUGUAUUACAAUGGACGUUUCUUGAUGGACACAAAAUCUGCCGUGCACAAAGGCAGUUGGGUUGUUUCUUUGAAUAAAUCUCUGAUUCCUGUUGCUUAACCAAUGCUGAUAGACUACGGGGCAGUCACUUGGUCACCAAACAGAGGGAUUAUUUAGCUGAGAACAUUCUUCCAACCAUCGAUUACCCUGAGAAGAAAAUAACACUCUUCACAUCUAUUCAAAGUUAUGUCGGACUUCAAUCUGUAUAACUUGCUGAAUUAUCUGAGUAGUGUUACCACACUUGAGCUACCCUGCUAAUGAACACUUGUUAGACUUGACGAUCACAACUCCAUCAGACAACUCCAAUUUGACAGGCAGGUGGCGGUGGUGUGCUAGUAGAAUUUUGCAGAAUAAUCACAUUGCUGUAUGUGUUAGGGUUGCCCAAAUUACAUAACCAACUCUGUACGAGGCAACAAGUUUGCCUUUCAUUAUCCAGUUCACUUUUAACGAAAAGGCCCACUUGAAACAAUGACAUAAAUCCAAAAUCAAUGUUCACAAUUUAGAGAUAUAGGCCAAAAGUACUGUAGCAACAAGGAAAGUAGAUUUUGAAAUUACGUUUUGGGUGAUUAUUUUGGUGUGUUGCAUUCAGAUUUCUCUAUUUAUCCAAGGGGAAAAUAUUGAUUUGGGAACAGUUAGUCCCAAUGCUAAUGAUAAUAGUUGAUCAUUGAUCACGAUAUGCGAAAGGUAAAGGUUAGCCCCUUUAUGCAUGUUUUCAAGGAUGGCAAUGAGGCUACUUGGGGUAUGACUCAAAUGUCCUUUUUGAAUUUUCAAGUCAACAUUACUUACAAUAUGGGCCAGAAUGAGUCUUCCCUCCCUAUGUUUCCCUUUAAAGAUUUUGGAAACUAGCAGCUUGACAGAGUGUUUACCUUUCAGAAGGCAGAGAUAGUAGAAAAGACUUCUGUAAUUUGGGGAAACAUGAAAAUGUUGGACUGGAAUCAUUUGGUGUGUUAUAAUGCACAAUGUAUUAACAAUUUAUAAUUUCACGCACUUUCAAGCUUAAUUCUGAACCAGUUUACUUUCAUUACGCUGCGUUAAACUAUAGCUCGCCUUGUUCCUCCUGACAUUAUUUCUUGUGUUGUAUUCUUAAGAGCCUGAUAAAAUUUGUUUUAUUAUUUUCAAAUGAUUAUGUGUCUGCCAUUGUGCAUACAUUUCACAUGACUGACAAAUAAUAUGUUUGAAAUACAAAAAAAGGCCUAGAAUUUAGGUCGUCGUAUGACAUUGGUUAAUUUAGAAACAUAAAAGUUAAUAAUUUGGAAUGAAAAAGGCCACAUUGUCCAAAAUGGUGGAUCCUAGAGACCAUAUUGUGUUCAUUUAUAUUAAUUAUGAGUAACAGGUGAGAGAUCAAAAGACUGGCUGAGAUGGGGGUAGAUUGGCAAGAGAAUUACCGUAUCAUUAACGUCAAAGGUCAACCUUGUGGCAAACAUUAAAGGCACAGCUAGAAAUAUGUUUAUUGCAGCUGGUAUAACACCUGCAGUGCAUUUCUCCCCAACCACAUAUGCCUCAUUAUUUGACCUACAGUGCUGAGCUGUUCCAGAGCCAUGCAUUCAAUGGCUCCCCAACGCACCACCAUUCUUAUGGAUCAGGGCUGUUAAUGUGUUUGUUAUGUAGGUUAAACAUGUUUUGCUUUUUAGGAAAUUAUUGAAUACAAACCUGUACAUACUCAUUACAUUUGGAAAAAGCUACCUCCACACUUUUAUCUCUAAGUUAGUCUCUGAGACACAUACACCACCACAGUACCAGCAGUAAACCCCAGCAUCUCUUGUCAUGAUGAAUGCCCUGAGCUUUUCUAAACCAGCUACAGUUUCAACAUUGCAUAAAGUACAAACCUUGACACUUUUUUGUGGAUGUCACUUUGGUGGCAACAUAUCAGAAGGGCCAAAAGCCAUAUGUAGUUGCGAUUUCUCCCCUGUCCUUAGUUCUAAUAAACUCACAGCUCUUGAAUCAACUACAAUAAAUAUGUGAUGGAAGUCGAGAACACACAUCCCUAGACACUGAAACCCCUACAGGGCUGUGGGAUCCUGCUGCAGUCUAUGGUGCCCAUGUUCUCCCUGUGGUCCUCGCUAUUGCCUCAAUUUGACUUAUCAUCUAUAUCACCUAUCGUCUCAAUAAUGUUUAAGCAUUGACCAGGUUUGUGUGAUCAUAGAGUACACAGGUAACAAUGACUUUAGCCCCAGUCUAGCCCUGCAAUACAAGUAACAGCUAAGUUAUCACCCAAUUCACCAAGCAUUCUGUAUGACAAAACUAGGCUGGAAUUUAGCAGUGUCCAACCAGAAACCUCCCUGCUGGGUUGGAUAUCAAUGUUUGAACGUUUUAACUUUCAUAUUUUAGGGGAAGAUGGUAAUAUGUGUGCAUUUUAAACAAGAAGGCAACAAAUGUCAACAAGGUUUGGUAACAUUCAGAAGUAUUGUGCGGGUUAAACCUUGCAGCAGAUCAGGGUUAGAUCUCCUCCAGGGUUAGCCUAGCGAGCUUAGGCAUCCGUUACCCUUGUCAAUAUAAUGAACUAAUCUAUCUGAUCAGGAUAUCCAAAUCAGAUUCUGCCCAAGCUGUGAUCUAAUUGGAGUUUAUAGUAUUGUGAUAGAAAUUCAGGCCUAAUGUGGAAAUAUAACAACAAUAGCUACAUGAUUUAAACUAUGAGCCAUGCACACAAGUUUUGUGUCAAUUUCAGGUGCUGAUGGCAGGUCUGUCACCAAGUGUAUCUAGGCCCUAAGCGGAGUGUGAAGUUCAAGACUAUCAUGUAGAAACCAGUCCACCAGGGCCAAUGUAUUUCCCCCACGCAUUAAAUUGUGACGAUGACAGCAGUGUUGAGCUAAAAGAGCUACAUGAGACCACAAGACAAGGGGAAAGGUCAUGACACGGUUUGAAAUAUUCAGAGUGCACAUCUCAAUGACGAUUGAUAACUGAUUAGGACCAAGAGUUGAGUAUUGUGAUCAGCACAGCAGUCUGAAUGAAUGUGGAUUGUUGUUAUGGAUUCUCCAGGUAUGCAGGAAUUGAUGGUACCGCUUGUCUAGAACAACGUCCAACUGAGGUGAGCUCUGAUUCCCUCUAGUGUGCUUUGCAGCGUGUUGGUCAGCACUAACACACUAUAUAAUUCCCUUAAGCAAACACACUUUGAAAAGGGACUCCUGUCUGUCUUUAAUGCUUAUCUUGGACCAAGGCUCUGGCCCAGUCCCUCUAGGGCACCAAUGUCUCACUCUGUUGUGAUUCUAAUGACAAUUGUCAAUCCAUCACCUUGCGUUUGGUUCAAUCUUGUCAUCGAUGUGUUUUUUUUUUACAGAUGCAUUUCUUCUGUGGUACUUGCUUUGUUUUUUAACGUGUAAAUGCUGUAAGAAAAAAAAAGUAUGAUUUCUGACUUUUGUUAUUGCUUUGUUGUCUUGAGGUUUGUGUAAUGAAAGAGUAUCAACAAGUGAAUACAUGGGGUCCUCGUCUUUGUUACGUAGCUGUCAAAUCAGACACAGUCCUUCUGAAGAUAUUCCUGAUUGUUUCUCACCUUGGAAUCACUUUACAUUUGCUUUAAUCAAAUAAAAGUGUGUCUAUGUUUAGUUCCUUAAACAUUAUCAUUACUACAUUCUGAGUGUGGUAGAUAUAAGGGAUGUUAUGUAAUCGAGCAGUAAUGACUUGUGCCCGUCUCUGUGGCCAUAGGGGAUGAGCAUCCAAUGGGCUUGGGUCGGGUUCUCUGAUGACGUCAUCUGUCAUUUCUCUGAUCACGUCAUCUGUCAUUUCUCUGAUGAUGUCAUUUCUCUGAUGACGUCAUCUGUCAUUUCUCUGACGAUGUCAUUUCUCUGAUCACGUCAUCUGUCAUUUCUCUGAUGAUAUCAUUUCUCUGAUCACGUCAUCUGUCAUUUCUCUGAUCACGUCUUCUGUCAUUUCUCUGCGCAUGGGAUUGUCAUUUGAGGAAAACCGAAAAGCAGUGCAACAAAACCAAAGUGAAUCAAUUACGCAGAAGUAUUAAAGGACCAAAAAAGGGGCGGAAGAAGAAUAUGAAUAAUAAAGAUUUCAAUAUAUCUAGAGUGUGACCUAGAGCGGUAGUGAAGCCCCAAUAGUUCACAACAUUGUUAAAUAUCUUGUAUAUUCUUCCAUGUAAUCAUUCAUCAUCCACAAUCCUCAACAAUUUUGUCACUGCUACUAAAAUAAGACAUAGUGAGGAAAAACAGGAGUCAAAUCGUGUGUUAUUGUCAGUCUCUGCCAUAGACAACAUCACAUGUCAUUAUAACGUGAUGGUUCAUAGACAACAUCUCAGAUCAUUAUAACUACACAACGCAGUACUAAAAGAUGAUCACGAUUGGGUCGUAACCAUGCAACCAUCACUCCUUCCUAGAGCUUCCAAGCAUUUUUUUUAUUCUAAUAGUAUUGUACCUAACUGAACUCUAAGCUCUUGUUGAAUUUGAAUUUGAAUUUAAUUUUGUUUAAUUUUUGGAAAAUACACUAUCAUCAAAAUAUUUGGAUAAACUAUUAAUAUUUGCAAAUGAAUCCAAAUGUUAGAUCUUUCGACCGGCAGAUGCAACUGUUUGAAUUACGAAUCUCAAGUUUUACAUCAAUAAAAGAAUAACAGAUAAUUAUUCUUCAGACAACACUGAAUUUAUAGCCAUAUAGUCGAAGUAAACUAUGUACAAAAGGUAGGAAAGUAUAAAGUGUGUCAUCGUCAUGGUAGGUAUAAAUUGUGUUUUUUAAUUUAAAAAAAUUA